AUGGCGGCGUCCCUUACUGCUACUGUCAUCUCCGCCGCAUUCACUGGUUCGGUAUGCCUCACCAGCUCUGUUCGUCAGGUGGACGCGGUAUGUAUCGCUGGCAAUCUGAAACCAUUGAGGGCGACUGGAAGGCGUGACCUCCGGGCAUGGAGUAGCGGCGAAGGCGGGAAUGCGCCUGCAGAGCGGAUACUUUCGCUUGAAGAUAUCCUCAGUGCUGCGGAGAAGGAGAGCAGCGACCUGGUGUUUUCUCCCGACGACGCCGAUGAUGACAAUGAUGACACAAUUGACAGCCUGGUCGACGAUCCCUUCGUCUCGCGCUCACCUAUCCCCACCGAUCCCAACGCCCCUGCUGCCCAGCUGUUUCCCUCGGCUGACGACAUGGCGAAGAUUCUUUCCGCCUAUAACAGCGCACCGGCAGCUAUAGGCGAGAUAGGUGUGGAUGAUCUCAAGGCGGCUCUGGAGGGGAACGCGGACGCCGUGCCUGUUUUGAUUGACGUGAGGGCUCCAGAGGACUACAAGAGAGGGCACAUUCCCGGAGCUGUGUCAGUGUCUAUGGGGGAUGUGGUGGCAUAUGCUGCAGACGCUGGUUCUGGUCCCCUGGCCUUCGUCUGCUAUGCUGCUUUCCUCCGCACCACCCUUGGGAUUGCCAUCACUUUGGAUGGCAGCCUCACGCAUCAUGAUUCAUCACUACGAGCUCGCUCCUUACUGCUCGACAUUUCACAACUCUCGUCCGUUUCAGAGCAGCUUGCGAGUAGCUUCGCCGCUGUGGCUGACGUAAACUCCCUCUUCGACGACUCCGAUACUGUCACGCUUCCCGACUCCCCGAUCUCUUCCGCCGCCGCCGCCGCCGUCGCCGGCGCUGGCGUUGGCGCUGGUGGCGCCGCUGGAGUCGGUGCUGGCGCUGGCGCGUCUGUUUGCAGCCCACCCCGCAGCACCACCGCCAGCCAGGCGGGCGGGAGCGGUGGCGCCAACGGGCGGCAUUUCUUGUCGUUAGGCAGCUUCAGGCCGGCACAUCUCUUGAGCCGGCUCAGGCGGCCUCACACCAGGGUCGGCAGCAGCCCGUCCCGUUCCAGGGGCCGAGAAGGCUCCUCUCGCGUCACCGCCGCCGCCGCAACCGGCGCAGCCGGCGCGCCUGGCGGCGGAAACGCACGAAGCGGUUCCGGCAGGUCGGGAAAAGCCAAUGAGAAGCCGCCGCCGAUUUCGGGAUCUACCUCCGCAACUGCUAUUGCGGGGGGGGCUGCUGGUAGUGCCGCAGCAGCCGCAGCGGCUGCUGCGGCGUCGGCGACGGCGGCGGGGUUUGAGACGGAGCCGAUUUCGUCCCUCGCCAAGCGCGGAUUCCCGCGUCGCACGCAGUCGCUGCCGUCGCAGUCGCUGCCGUCGCCCAGCCGUGCGACGGCGCCGCCGACGACCGGCGACGCGUUCUCAUUGGUGGAGAAGGAGGUGACGAUUCUGGAGCAGGGAUUGGAGGAGCUGUUGCAGGGGCAGGAGGCGGAGCAGGCGCAGGGGGAAGCGGGGGGGGCUGGCGCAAAUCGGGGGGAAGUCGUGGCGGUGUACGCGGGCAUGCGCGCAAUGAAGCAAGAGGCGUCCGCUCUGCGGGUCCUGCUUCGGGAGGCGCAGGGCGUGUCCCAGCGCCGCCAGCCUUCCGCCCCGCUUCCGCCCCCGCCUCCGCUCCCGCCCAUCACACCCAUCAUCCCCUCCACUGCCGCCGCCUCUGCCGCUGUUGCAGAUGCUGAUGUUGCCGCCUCUACAGAGAUAGAAGACUGCCCUGUGUCUCCUACCGCCUCCUUUGUUUCCUCGGGUUCCACUCUCCCUUGGGCUGAUGCUACUCAGACGCUCUCCCCCACGCCGUCCUCGCCUCUGCUCUCCUCCUCCCUCCACUCCUCCCACCCUGCUGCUGCCGCCGUUCCUCCUCUCUCUCCUCCCCUUGCGGCUUCCGCUGCAGCUGCUGCUGCGCCAGCACGCCGCGCGGAGCCGUACAUAUCCCCCCCAACGACGCCAAGACCCCGCGCGGUGUUUGCGCGUCCCCCCUCCUCGCCCUCCGCGUCUGUCUCCUACUUCUCCGCUCCCCGCCCGUCCUCCCCCGCGCCUGCCCGUUCCCGCGCGCACUUCAAACUGCCCUCGCUGCCCUCGUUCGUAACCCGCGCAGCUACUGUCACCAGCGCCACCAGUGUGUCCGAACCCGCAGCAGCAGCAGCAAUGGCGACUGCAGCAGCAGCAGCAAAAGCAACCACAGCAGCCACAGCUGCCGCCUCAGAACCGGCCAAGCGUGGGACUAGCUUCGCUAACGCUAGAUUCGCCGGUGCCAGACCACCCCGUGCUGCUGCUGCUGCUGCUGCUAGUUCUCCUCCCACCCCUGCCUCGCCCUCUUCUAGAUUCUCCUUCUCCUCCACACGCACGAGUGCUGCUGCGCCUCCCCUUACUCCCUCUCCUCCCUCUCUGCAUGACCCAUCAGGCUCCACCUCCUCAUCUCGCUACCGGCCUCCGUCCGCCUCUCUGCUCGCUUCUCUCUCUGCUCUUGACCCAUCCCUGUGUCCUGCCUCCUCUCCCUCGCAUCACAGCUCCACCUACCUCGGCUCUCUAGAUUCUGCCGCGGUAGGGGUAGGAGCAGCUGCAGCAGCAGCUGGUGCAGGGGCAGGUUCGGCACCCACCCUGUGGUCCAGGUUCGUCGACGGGUUUCGCAGGUACCCGCUGCUGUGGCAGUACCAGCCGUCACAGCAGCACCAGCCGCAGCAACAGCCGCAGCAGGAACAGCAGAACAGGGAGGAGGAGGAGGAAGCAGAAGAGGAAGAGGGGCAGCAGCAGCAGCAGCAACAGCAGCAGCAGCCGCAGCAGCAGCGGCAGCAGCGGAGGGGAGCGUGGUUCGGAGCAAGGUGGGCGGAUUGGGUAGUGGCAUUCGCUCUCCUCUCAGCAGUCACCUCCUGCUUCAUCACCCUCCUCCGCCUCGCUCUCUCCGCCCGUGCUGGCGCCGCUGGUGCAGGGCGCAUGGGUCGCCUAGGCAGCGCGCCCGGGCUUGGGCUGUUGGGCAGAGGGGAGAGGCUGGGCGCAGUGGCGACUGUGGGGGAGGUGAUGGAGGGGGGGAGCAGCACGGGGGAGGAGGUGCAAGGAGUGGUACCGUGGCAUAUGCGUGAGGCGAGACCAGGAGUGCUGGAGCUCAACCCUGGCAACCUGCAUGCAGCCCUCCGACGCAGGCCGACAUUCCUGAUGUUCUACGCCCCCUGGUGCCCACACUGCAAGCGCAUGGAGGCGGCAUGGGUGGACCUGGCGGCCAGGCUCAAGGACCUCGACUUCAACGUGCAGGUGGCGCGAGUCGACGCCUACCGCUACCCGCAGCUGGCUGAGGAGUUUCAGAUCCCGGGCUUUCCCACGCUCGUGCUGUUUGAUAGGGAAAAGCCGCUGGGCAUGCACCGGGGGAAGCGGGACGUGGACACGCUGGUCGGGUUUGUCGAUGCCACGCUGCCGCAGCAUCGCGAGCAGAGCGGGCGGGUGCUCUUCGUCAAGAAUCUGUUUGGCGGGGAGCGGCCGCUGGGCUGGGUUGGGCAUGCGGCACCGGGGGAAGCGGGAGGUGGAGUGGACAAGCGGGGCACCGGGCUUGUAGGCUUUGUGGAUGAUGAUCCAGGCUGCUGUGACGGGCGUUUUGAGGCGGCUGGGGAACGGCAGCAACGGCAGAGCAGGGAGAGGGCGGUGGGAGCUUGGGAGCUUGUGGGAUAG